UUGAGCCAGGCUUGAGCCAGCUGCAUCUGCAGACGAUCCCGUUUGGAACAUGCGACAUUAAUUCCCAUUUCAAUGGACACCAGGCCGGAUGCGUUUCGGCCUGAACUGAAGUACUACUGCAAGGCAGCAGAGGCUGGUCAGGUAUGACAUUGUAGGCUCUUGAACAGAUCAGGAAAAACUCGAGAGAACUUUUUUAAUACUAGUAAUGAGGGUAGUCUGCAGUUUUUUUUGUGUGUAGUGUUUACUAACAUUACUGAUAGAAAAACUAUUCGCCGAUCGAGCACCUCUCGAGCUGCACGUAGGAGUGGUAAUGGGCUAUGGCUCUAGUGUUUUCUUCGCAGCCUAACAAGGCCCUUAAAUUAUUUAGCUCAAAAUUGUAUAAGAUUAGAGCCCGGCUCUUUUAGGGCCCGGUCUUUAGAUUUUCUAGUUCAAAAUCUUGGGCCUUUUACCACCCCUGCACGUCAAGCUGGACGCGUAGUGCUUCAUUGAUUUGUGCUCUGCUGCACACAAAGUUAGAGGACGAAAGCUAAGUGAUAGUGUGUGAUCGAGAGCCUGGCGCCGCGAGCUUUAAUUUGUGCCCGGCUUCAUGGCGUCACCAAACACUAGAUACAAUAUGUUGAAUUAUGACAAUGCAUACUUGUGGAACAUUCUAGAAUAUUUUGGAAAGCAAAAAAGAGAAGAUAUUUGCCAUGAAAGAAUUUGGAGAGUCUAGAACCUAGAUAUUUUAUGUAUAGUAAGAAAUAUUAGAUAUUAGGAUAAACAUAUGAAUGUUCUAGAGUUGGAUAUUUGGUUAGAACAGUGUGGAAUGUUGCCACGUCGCAACAUCCUAGAGGUCAUAUACUAGUAUAAAUAGGGUUGCCACCCCUCCCCCAAUUGCUAUGACUUGGAGUGCCAUUUGAGUCCUAUGUAACAUGGCAAGGUUGCCAUGGUGUGAGUGUGUAGGUGUGUCAUGGUUUGAGUUCCCUUGUAAGUGUUAGUAUCUCAGUUUCUAAGUACUUAGUGUAUAAGUUGUGAUCUAUCGUAGGUUGGCUCUGCCACCUGGGAUCACAAAAGGUAUGGACUUCAUCUGUUGGACUUCAUCUGUUGGUAGGCUCUGCCACCCGGAAGCGAGAAGGCGGCUCUGCCGUCGAACGAACCUUAUACACUAAGUAGCUGGAAAUUGAAAAAGGUAGCUGGAAAUUGAAAAAGCUAACCGACUCUAAAGUGAGUUAGUGUGUCUUAUGUGUAGGUUCCCAAUAAAAUAUAUUUGAAGCAUCCAGAAGUCUAACAGUACUAAAACAGCUAAGAUACUCAUCAAGAUGCUCCAGUUCUUUACAACCUUCCUUAUACUUUAAGGAAUUCAGCAUUCGCUACAUUAAAAUCGUGCCUCUUGAGGUCAUCUAUGCACACAAAACAUGACAGCAAGUAAGGAAUAAAUUACUUGCAGGAUAAAAGAUACAACAUAUUCUAGGUGCACAUGAGCGAUUGUAAACACUGAUGUAUGUAUUAAAAAAAUUUAAUAUAUUGUUGUAAUUACCUGUUGAAAUUCAUCCAGCUUUAAUCUCAACUUGUUUUGUUCUUCUAAAAGCACUUGCUGCAAAAACAUAAAUAUAUCUAUGUGUCAUUUUAUAAAACUCGAUUUUAUAAUUAUUAUAUAACGGAAGUUUAAAAUUUACCAUUUUCUGUUUUUGUGAUAUUUCACGGAUUGUUAAUUCUUCUCCAUACCAUUUCUUUUGAGCUUGCAACAGCUUUAAUUCCUGCUAAAGAGAAAACUAUUUAGCUAACUUUUUUUUAAAAAAAAUAUUCUAAUUAUAUUUUACAAUUACAAUAAUACUAUCUCAGCCAUUUUGGGAUUAAGUGAAGAGAUUUCUUAUUGAGUUUCUGCCAUCGCCCACUCGUGGAGCGGGUGUGUGAAAGGGGAAAGUGGUGUCGUCGCCCAUUCGUGGCAGACUAGUGGGGUCGACUUGUCAGGUGCAACGACUGGCCCCAACUUGUCAAUGCGAAGCUCUUGCUCAUCUCGUUGCAGCACACGGAAAAUGCAAAAGACGUCUCCGAGCCGCGUCGCUCCAUCUGUAACGGACGGUGGCAGAUAAGUUUUGUUCGUAACAACAUGUGUCUCUGACGUGUGGGACCUAGCUACAGUAAGGGGCGCGGAGGAAGAUCAUAUUGUGGCAGAAAAAUCCUUGCAUUAGUUAUAUAUAAGUUGCAUUAGUAUAUUAUUACUGCACUAUCCUUCGCAAAAAUAAAAAAUGUAUCACGACUGCAUGUGAUGUAGCCUUAAUUUUGGUUCUUUUAAAUAGAACUAGCAGCCAAGUCCACAGUGAGUAUGUUCGAUACUUAGACCAGUCCCAACCCAUAGUGUCUAUACACAGUGUCUAUACCGCCACAUAAACAAGACACUAUGUUUAGAAACUACAUCCCUUAAUACAUAGUUUCUUCAUAUGAGUCAAUAAUUAAUACUCACUCAAUUAUUCUCUUCUAUAAACCAAUCAUAUUUGUUAUUUAGUUAUCACGAGGACACUAUUCUCUUCCAAUGCAAAUUUUGCUAGUGUCUAGUGUAUUGGUUCUUGUGUAGAAACUGGGUCUUGCAUGAAACCCAGUUUCUUCAUCUUUUUACUCUCUCUCAUUUAAUAUACUGCCACAUAAGCUAAACAUUCUAGGUGGCAGUGUAAUCAAUACUAUAAACACCAUCCUAGGUGGAGGGUUAGGGAUGGCCUUAAAAACUAUAUCUGGGUUACAAAUAAUAGAUGUCAUCAUGUGUUGGUGCAGCUGUCAUGCUAGGCGGUAAGCAUGGAUGGAGGCUCCCCCAUUUAUUGCAAGCCAAGCCCAAGGCAAUGCAGUCGUCCUCCAGUCUUGUAAGUUAUAUAUACUCGCCCUCCCAACUGCCAAAGCGUCGAGCUUCUUGCGGUGACCAUGGUGGCCACGGUAAAAGGAGUCGAAACACAACAUGAGGUCGUGAAGAAUUGCUUCUGCAUGGAGGGUGGGCAGGGGGAGACCAGCUACAUCAACAACAGCCAAGUUCAGUCACGGAAUCUCGAGAUGGUUGUGCCCGCGCUCAAGGAGACGCUGGACACGAUCCGCCUCCCUCGCCGGCCGGAGAAGCUCCUGGCGGCGGCCGACCUGGGGUGCUCCUGCGGCCAGAACACGCUCGUCGUCGCCGAUGCCAUCGUGCAGCACAUGACGGACAUGUAUGUCUCCCAGGGCCACGAUCCUCCGGAGUUCUGCAUCUACUUCUCCGAUCUCCCGAGCAACGAUUUCAACACCCUCUUCCGCCUCCUCCUGGACCGGCGGUACUUCGGCGCCGGCGUGCCCGGGUCGUUCCACGACCGCCUGUUCACGGAGAGGUCCAUCCACGCCUUCACCUCCACCUUCUCAGUGCACUGGCUCUCCCGGGUCCCGGAACAAGUGCUGGACAAGGGGUCCCCGGCGUACAACGCCGGGAAGGUGUUCGUGCACGGCGCGUCGGAGGCGACGGGUGCGGCGUACCGGCGGCAGUUCCAGUCCGACCUGGCGCGCUUCCUGCGCUGCCGCGCCGCCGAGCUGAAGCGCCGCGGCGCCAUGUUCCUGCUCUGCCUCGGCCGGCCGUCCUCCGCCGCCCCCACCGACCAAGGCCGCGUGAGGCUCCUGUACGGGACGCUCUUCGAGGACUCGUGGGCCGACCUCGUCCGCGAGGGGCUGAUGGACGGCUUCAACGUGCCGCUGUACGCGCCGACGCUUGACGAGGUCCGGGAGGCGGUGGAGGCGGCCGGCGCGUUCAGGAUCAACCGGCUGGAGAUGGUGACGGGGAGCCCUGCGGCGGUCGACCACCCCGACGACCCCGGCGCCGUCGGCCACACGGUGGCGAACAACGUGUGGUCGUUCGUCGGCGCGCUCGUGGAUGCUCACGUCGGGAAGGCGCUGGCGGACGAGCUGUUCGGCCGGCUGCAGCGGCGAGCGGAGGAGCGCGCCGGGGAGCUGAUGGCGGAGAUGCGGCUCCCACAUGUCGUGUGCUCGCUCUCGCUCGCAUGAGGCGAUGCCAGCUUUCUUUGGUUUCAAUCGCAUUAUUUACCGGAGUGCGUGCCACACGUACGGAACUGUAAAAUUUUACUGUAAAACCGAGCAACACAUUCAUGAAUGUAGAUUAGAUGAAGUGGUCUCACUCA